GCCCUCUCCUGGCCUCCUCCAGCCCUGGGCCGAGCCUGCCGGAGCCGGCUCCGGGUCCCCGCACCCUCCCUCUGCCUCCUCCCCUGCCGGCCUCCGAGCCGGCCCCCAGCCAGUCCCCGCCGGGUGGAGGAGGCGCGCCGGCAGCGCUGCGUCCUAAUCAAUGGGCCGGGCGGCUUAGCGCGAGCGGCCACCUCGUCGGAGGAGGAGCAGUCUUCCGGCCCGCCGCAGGUCGGGUGGCUCAGCCAUGGCUCCUCGGGGCACCUUGUCCGGCUGGAGCCCGGGACCCUGCACCGGGCGCUGAGCUCCCGAGUCGGCAGAGCGCACUGGCCGGCGGCCGGCGGGGCGCCCGCGGGGAGCGUGCGGGCACCAUGCGUCCCCACCUGUCGCCGCCGCUGCAGCAGCUGCUGCUGCCGGUGCUGCUCGCCUGCGCCGCGCACUCGAUCGGAGCCCUUCCCCGCCUGUGUGACGUACUGCAAGUGCUGCAGGAGGAGCAAGACCAGUGUCUGCAGGAGCUCUCCAGAGAGCAGAAAGGAGAGCUGGCCUUGGGGCAGCCAGUGCCAGGUUGCGAGGGGAUGUGGGACAACAUGAGCUGCUGGCCCUCUUCUGUGCUGGGCCGGACCGUGGAGGUGGGGUGCCCGAGAUUCCUCCGGAUGCUCACCAACAGAAAUGGUUCCUUGUUCCGAAACUGCACACAUGAUGGCUGGUCAGAAACCUUCCCCAGGCGUGAUCUGGCCUGUGGCGUUAAUGUGAACGACUCUUCCAACGAGAAGCGGCACUCCUACCUGCUGAAGCUGAAAGUCAUGUACACCGUGGGCUACAGCUCCUCCCUGGUCAUGCUCCUGGUCGCCCUCGGCAUCCUCUGUGCUUUCCGGAGGCUCCACUGCACCCGAAACUACAUCCACAUGCACCUGUUCGUGUCCUUCAUCCUUCGCGCCGUGUCUAACUUCAUCAAGGACGCCGUGCUCUUCUCCUCGGAUGAUGUCACCUACUGCGAUGCCCACAGGGCGGGCUGCAAGCUGGUCAUGGUGUUGUUCCAGUACUGCAUCAUGGCCAACUACUCCUGGCUGCUGGUGGAAGGCCUCUACCUUCACACUCUCCUCGCCGUCUCCUUCUUCUCAGAAAGAAAAUACCUCCAGGGAUUUGUGGCGCUCGGAUGGGGUUCUCCAGCCAUUUUUGUUGCUUUGUGGGCUAUUGCCAGACUCUUCUUGGAAGACGCUGGGUGCUGGGACAUCAAUGCCAACACAUCCAUCUGGUGGAUCAUUCGCGGGCCUGUGAUCCUCUCCAUCCUGAUUAAUUUCCUCCUUUUCAUAAAUAUUCUAAGAAUCCUGAUGAGAAAACUUAGAACCCAAGAAACAAGAGGAAAUGAAGUCAGCCAUUAUAAGCGCCUGGCCAGGUCCACACUCCUGCUGAUCCCCCUCUUUGGCAUCCACUACAUCGUCUUUGCCUUCUCCCCGGAGGACGCCAUGGAGAUCCAGCUGUUUUUUGAAUUGGCCCUUGGCUCAUUCCAGGGACUGGUGGUGGCUGUCCUCUACUGCUUCCUCAACGGGGAGGUGCAGCUGGAGGUUCAGAAGAAAUGGCAGCAGUGGCACCUCCAUGAGUUCACACUGCAUCCCAUGGCUCUAAGCUCCUCCUUCAGCAACAGCACCAAGGCCAGCCACUUGGAGCAGAGCCAGGGUACCUGCAGGACCAGCAUUAUCUGAGAGGCUGGAGCAGAGCCACCCGUGGACAGAGACCAAGACGGGUCCUGAGAAGGCUGGGCACUACUGCAGGACAGCCUGUCUUCCCGGCAGUCACCCUAUGUCCUCCUUCAGCUGAAGAUGCCCCUCCCCAGGCCUUGGACUCCUCAGAAGGGACCUGGGGCACUGUGGGGCAGGACAAGGCCUGAGAUCGGGUUUGUUUGUUCUUCUGGGAAGAGUAGCUGAGGGGUCUCAGAAAGGGACAGUGAAAUAAGUGGUGCCUGGGGCCAGAUUUGGU